CUACAAAAAAAAAAAGCUCUUUUUGUACACAAACCGCGAGAUGGUGGUGGUGAUGAUUAUGCCUCCAUUCCUCUGCACCAACCUCUCUAUCACUCUCUCUCUCUCUCUCUCUCUCCAAGUUGUUGUUGUUCUUUUUUUUUUUUUCUGUCUUUUCCUGGAAUCUGAGAUUUUUGAUUCGUGGGAGGGUAUUAUGAGUGUAUAUAGAUGUACAUGCGUGAAAUCCUGAAACCCCUGCGAUGAUUUGGAGCGAAAUCAAUGGAGGAUCAUCAUCUUCGUCACCGUCGUCGUCAUCACCAUCAUCAUCACCAUCACCAAAGCACGGAGAAGUGCGGUUGCUGGGCCGUCCUGAAACGCGGUGUUCGAGGAGCCACCGCGUCUGCGUCUUCGACGCAUUCUCCAAACGCUAUUCCUCGCUCUAGCCUCGUCUACGAUGACGCCGCAUGUGGGCUGGCAGGCACGGAGAUACGGUAUCUGAACGCGAGCAACCGAGAACUCUGUCCUCCGAACGAGGCUGAUUGGGGCUCGGAGAACAAGAACAAGGGUCGGUGUCAGUUGCUGCAGUUCUCGUACCAGGAGCUGAAAUCCGCCACGGGCAAUUUCAGACCGGACAGUAUUCUUGGUGAGGGAGGAUUCGGUUAUGUCUUCAAAGGAUGGGUAGAGGAGAACGGGACCGCGGCAGCCAAACCCGGGUCGGGAAUGGCUGUCGCCGUCAAGAGUUUGAAGCCUGAUGGUCUCCAGGGUCAUCGAGAAUGGGUGGCGGAAGUUGAUUUUCUUGGACAGCUUCAUCAUCCCAAUCUCGUGAAGCUCGUUGGCUACUGCAUCGAAGAUGAUCAGCGACUUCUUGUAUACGAGUUCAUGACUCGUGGAAGCCUCGAAAACCAUCUCUUUCGAAGGACCAUACCUCUUCCGUGGUCCAAUAGGAUAAAGAUCGUGCUUGGUGCUGCAAAAGGGCUUGCCUUUCUCCAUGGUGGUCCUGAACCCGUCAUAUAUCGAGACUUUAAAACGUCAAAUAUUUUGCUUGACUCGGAAUACAAUGCAAAGCUUUCAGAUUUUGGUUUGGCGAAAGCCGGCCCUCAAGGCGACAAAACUCACGUUUCCACGAGGGUGGUAGGAACGUACGGCUACGCUGCUCCUGAAUAUGUCAUGACAGGACACUUGACGUCAAAGAGUGAUGUAUACAGCUUUGGCGUGGUUCUGCUCGAGAUUUUGACGGGUAGAAGAUCGAUGGAUAAGAAACGACCCACGGGAGAGCAAAACCUCGUGACCUGGGCACGCCCUUAUCUAUCAGACAAGCGAAAAUUUCACCAUCUCGUGGACUCUCGUCUCGAACUGAACUACUCUAUCAAGGGUGUCCAAAAGAUCUCACAUUUGGCUCACAACUGCCUUAGUCGUGACCCGAAAUCUCGACCCACCAUGGAAGAUGUCGUCAAGAUCUUAACUCCUCUGCAAGAUCUGCACGAUUACGCGGUUUUAUCGUACAAUUCACGCGUGUCUCGGCAGGGGAAGCCUAAGAAAACGGGGGAUCUCGGGGUGAGUCUGCAAAACCACGGUAUGAGAUCAAAUAGUAUCCGCGAUUCACCCGUCAAUGUGGUGGGGAAAACGUAAGCGAACAAAGGAAUUAUCCGUGUUUCCGGGUUUUUUUUCUUCCAUGAAAAUGUUUGCUUGAAGAACAGAAUUGAAGAUGGAUUGAGAUUUCUGAGAUCAUUUACAUUUGAACCCUUAGCAAAGUUCAAACGAUUGUACUAAGCGUUAAUGUGUAAAGUGUAUGUAUCAUGUAUGUUUCAUGGUACGGUUUGCUGUU